AUGAAGCAAGAUUUCUUUAAAUACCUACCAUCAGAGAUCCUCACUGAUAUCUUGUUGAGACUCCCUCUCGAAUACAUUGCAACUUGCAAAUGUGUUUGCAAACCGUGGCUCAAUCUCAUUGAUAGUAACUAUUUUUUCAAGUCCCAUUUUUCUAAAUCCCCUCCUACCCUAGUAGUCUCGAUACCUGGUACUAAUGCAAAUUGGUUCAAUCUUUUCAAAUUGGAAGAGAAGCCCAAGCGCAAGCCGAAUCCAAUCACAAAGUUUGAUUUCCCCCAAGCAACAACAAUACAAGGUUCUUCCAAUGGUUUGCUUCUUCUGAAAAAUCCUUUUCGUGAUCAUCUUUAUGUAUGUAAUCCUAUCACCCGUGAAUUUGUUGAGCUUCGUGGCCGUCUUACUCGCCCUCGAGAAGAUUGUUAUGGAAUUGGAGUGAGCAAAAUUAGCGGACAACAUAAGGUUGUAUAUCUUAACCCUAACUACGACGGAUGCCAUGUAUACACUCUUGAAUCGGUAUCAUCGUGGAGACGCGUUAAAGGUGUUAUCCCCUCGUUUGAUCGUUGUUACAACUCCGUUGCUGCAUUUGUUAGUGGCAAUCUCCACUGGUUUGUUUCAAAUGGAAGCGAGACUCCUUAUAUUUGCUGCUUUGAUCUUGAGAAAGAAUGUUUUAGCACAUUCUCUCCCCCACUUGAAUGUCUCAAGAGAACUAUCUCUGUCAAUGGAAUGUUGUAUACUUUGGGGGACCAAAAUAUGAAUGUGACAAUGAUCAUGUGA